AGAAAAGAAAGUGAAAAAUAAAAAAAAAGAAAAUUGAAAAUUAUACAAAAAAGGACUCUUAAGGACUUUAAAAAAAAUAAUUUUAGAGAGCAUUAAAAACUAGCUCUUUUCACAAUGGGGUCUAACCGCUUAGCCCCAUUGCUUUUAAUAAUAGCGGGCGUGGUCUUUAUCAUUGGCUGCACAAAUGCUGAACUAACACCGCCAUAUUUUAACUUGGCUACGGGACGUAAAAUUUAUGCCACCGCCACUUGUGGCAGUGACACCGAUGGACCCGAAUUGUAUUGUAAAUUAGUGGGAGCCAAUACCGAAAAUGAUAUAUAUUCAGUUAUUCAGGGUCAGGUCUGCGAUCAUUGUGAUCCUACCGUACCCGAAAAGAAUCAUGCACCCGAACAUGCUAUUGAUGGCACUGAACAAUGGUGGCAGAGUCCUCCAUUGUCUCGUGGUAUGAAAUUUAAUGAAGUCAAUUUAACCAUCGAUUUUGGUCAGGAAUUUCAUGUUGCCUAUCUUUUCAUACGUAUGGGCAAUUCACCACGUCCCGGUCUCUGGACUUUGGAAAAAUCUAGUGAUUAUGGCAAAACCUGGUCGGCCUGGCAACAUUUCUCCGAUACACCCGCCGAUUGUGAAACCUAUUUCGGCAAGGACACCUACAAACCAAUUACCAGAGAUGAUGAUGUCAUUUGUACAACAGAAUAUUCGAAAAUUGUACCCUUGGAAAAUGGUGAAAUACCAGUAAUGUUGCUAAAUGAUCGUCCCUCCUCGACGAACUACUUCAAUUCGAGUGUGUUGCAAGAAUGGACGCGUGCCACCAAUAUUCGUAUACGUUUAUUGCGUACGAAAAAUUUACUGGGUCAUUUGAUGUCGGUGGCUCGCCAGGAUCCCACUGUGACACGUCGUUAUUUCUAUUCGAUUAAGGAUAUUUCGAUUGGUGGUCGUUGUAUGUGUAACGGUCAUGCUGACACCUGUGAUGUCAAGGAUCCCAAGAGUCCGGUGCGGAUUUUGGCGUGUCGCUGUCAACAUCGCACCUGUGGCAUUCAGUGUAAUGAAUGUUGUCCCGGUUUCGAGCAAAAGAAAUGGAGACAGAAUACCAAUGCUCGGCCGUUUGAAUGUGAACCUUGUAAUUGCCAUGGUCAUACCAAUGAAUGUGUCUAUGAUGAGGAUAUCGAUCGUAAGAGUUUGUCUUUGGAUAUUCAUGGCCGUUAUGAGGGUGGUGGUCGCUGUUUGAAUUGUCAGCACAAUACGGAGGGCAUCAAUUGUAACAAGUGUAAAGCAAAAUAUUAUAGACCUUUUGAGAAGCACUGGAAUGAAACUGAUGUGUGUCAACCUUGUCAGUGCGAUUACUUCUACUCCACGGGCCAUUGUGAAGAGGGCAGCGGACGUUGUGAAUGUCGCAAAGCCUUCCAGCCACCAAAUUGUGAUGCCUGUGCCUAUGGCUACUAUGGUUAUCCCAAUUGCCGUGAAUGUGAGUGCAAUCUCAAUGGUACCGAAGGUUACCACUGCGAAGCUGUCAAUGGCGAGUGUCCCUGUAAAAUCAAUUUUGCUGGUCAUUAUUGUAAACAGUGUGCUGAAGGUUACUUUGCCUUCCCGGAAUGUAAAGCCUGUGAGUGUAAUCAAAUUGGUUCGAUUAGCAAUGAUUGUGAUUUGAAAACGGGUCAAUGUAAAUGUUUAAGCAGUUUUGGUGGCGAGCGUUGUGAACGUUGCAAACAUGGUUACUAUAACUAUCCCAAAUGUCAAUAUUGUGACUGUGAUAUCGAGGGAACUGAGGAAGAGAUUUGUGAUAAGGAUAAUGGUCAAUGUAUUUGUCGUGAAGGUUUUGGUGGUCCCCGUUGUGAUCAAUGUCUGCCUGGUUAUUACAAUUAUCCCGAUUGUAAGCCUUGCAAUUGUUCAGUUACUGGCAGUACCGCCACCACUUGUGAUAAUACAGGCAAAUGUAAUUGUCUGUCCAAUUUUGCCGGCAAACAAUGUACUUUGUGCAGUGCUGGUUACUACAACUAUCCAGAUUGUUUACCUUGUAAUUGCGAUGUCCAUGGCUCGGUGGGUGUGUCCUGUAAUGCUGAUGGCCAGUGCUUGUGUCAUCCCAACUUUAAUGGUAAAUUGUGUGAUUCUUGCCAAGAAGGCUUCUACAACUUCCCCAGCUGUGAGGAUUGUAACUGUGAUCCGGCUGGUGUCAUUGAUAAAUUCGCUGGCUGUGGUUCAGUCCCAGUGGGAGAGCUAUGCCAAUGUAAGGAACGUGUUCAUGGCCGCAUUUGUGAUGAAUGCAUGCCAUUGUAUUGGAAUCUAAAUAUCAGUAAUCCCGAUGGUUGUGAGGUCUGUGAUUGUUAUUCAGAUGGUACCAUUGGCACUUUGGAUACUUGCAAUUCGAAAUCGGGCCAGUGUGCUUGUAAGCCCUAUACCCAGGGUCGUACUUGUAAUGAUUGUAAGGAUGGCACUUAUGAUUUGGAUGGUUCUUCGCUGUUCGGUUGUAAGGAUUGUAAUUGUGAUGUUGGUGGUGCUUGGAAGAGUGAAUGUGAUAAAACGACGGGCCAAUGUAAAUGUCAUCCACGUGUUACGGGCCGUGAUUGUACUCAACCUCUGACCACUCACUAUUUCCCCACUCUCCAUCAAUUCCAAUAUGAAUAUGAGGAUGGUUCUCAGCCCUCUGGUGCACAGGUACGUUAUCAAUACGAUGAAGAUGUCUUCCCCGGCUACAGCAGCAAAGGUUAUGCUGUUUUCAAUGACAUACAAAACGAAGUGCGUUAUGAGUUGACGGUUUUCAAGUCCUCGGUCUAUCGUAUUGUUAUACGUUAUGUCAAUUUGAAUGAAUUUAAUGUAACGGCCAGUAUUUUAAUACAAUCGGAAAAUCCUUUGGAAGUGGAUCAAAACGUUAAAGUUUUGUUGCGUCCCACCACGGAACCUCAGUUUGUCACUGUGGCCGGUGAUAAGGGCAAGAAGCCCUCGGCUGUUGUUUUGGAUCCUGGCAAAUAUGUUUUCACCACCAAGUCCACCAAGAAUGUUAUGUUGGAUUACUUUGUUCUCUUGCCUGCUGCCUACUAUGAAGCCUCAAUUUUAACUCGUAAAAUUUCCACACCCUGUGAGCUUGGCAACAUGGAAUUGUGUAGACACUACAAAUAUGCUUCUUUGGAUGAUUUCCAACCCGCUGUUACUCCCUUCAUUGUCAACGAGAAAGGCAAACCCACCAAUCCUAUGGAAUACUAUAACGAUCCCGAUCAUUUAACCAUUAUUAAUCACAUUGGUGAUAUUCCCCUAAUAACCAGCAAUCAACAGGAACUCAAUUACAUCAUUGAUGUUCCGCACAGUGGAAAAUACAUUUUCGUUAUUGAUUAUGUUAGUGAACGCAGUUAUGCCGAACCAGGUUUCAUUAAAUUGCGUAUAGGAGAUGAUGAGGAUAAUUAUGGUUCCACCACCGUUUAUCCUUGUCUUUAUUCUAUGGCCUGUCGUACACCCAUUAUUGAUGAUCAGAUACGUGAAAAAUCCUUCCACAUCAACAAGGAUGAUGAGAAACCUGUCGUUGUUUUUGCAGAUUUUGAGGAAGAUGAGAAAGUGGCCAUUAUUUCCGUAACCGCUAUACCAGUUGAACAAUGGUCCAUUGACUAUAUCAAUCCUAGUCCAGUUUGUGUUAUACACAACAAUCAAUGUGCUACACCCAAAUUUAGAUCUGUUCCGGAUUCAAAGAAAAUUGAAUUUGAGAGUGAUCAUGAAGAUCGCAUUGCUAUACAUAAGCCACCCUAUGCUGUUUUGGAUGAAAAGGUUAAACUUAUUCAUUUGGACAACAAGGAAGACUCUACGAUUGUUAUUGAAUCGAAGGUGUCCGAACCAGGACGUUAUGUUAUAUUGGUUAAAUAUUAUCAGCCUCAUCAUCCCACCUACAAUGUCAUGUAUACCGUGACUGCUGGCAAAAAUCAAUAUGAUGGCAAGUUUGGCAUUAAUCACUGUCCAUCCAGCUCUGGUUGUCGUGGUGUCAUUAGACCCAUGGGUGAAGAAUGGUUCGAAAUUGAUGAUGAGUUCAAGUUUACCCUCACUAAUAACCGUCCUCAAGGUGUAUGGUUGGACUAUUUGGUGAUUGUGCCAGUGGAUCAGUACAAUGAUGACUUGUUGGAGGAGGAGACAUUUGAUCAGACCAAAGAGUUUAUUAGAGAGUGCGGUCAGGAUCACUACGAUAUCACCCAUAAUGCUACGGACUUUUGCAAAAAGGCUGUAUUCUCGUUGACGGCUGAUUACAAUAGUGGUGCCCUGCCUUGUAAUUGCGACUAUGGCGGUUCGACUAGCUUUGAGUGUCAUCCAUUUGGUGGCCAGUGUCAAUGUAAACCCAAUAUUAUAGAGCGUCAAUGUGGUGCCUGUAAGACCGGUUACUAUGGUUUCCCCGAUUGUAAACCCUGCGAGUGUCCCAGCACAGCCAUGUGUGAACCUCAUACGGGAGAGUGUGUGUGUCCACCGAAUGUCAUGGGUGAAUUGUGUGACAAAUGUAUGGCCAACACCUAUGGCUUCCAUCAGAUUAUCGGUUGUGAACCCUGUGACUGCAACUACUUGGGCAUAGCAAAUGGCAACAGCCAAUGUGAUGCCUUCAAUGGCAGUUGUGAGUGUCGCCCAAAUAUUGAGGGUCGUGCUUGUGAUGAAUGUACCAAUGGUUUCUUUGAUUUCCCGCAAUGUGAACAGUGUUCGUGCAAUGUGGCUGGUACAGAGUUGGAAAUCUGUGACAAAGUGGAUGGCAACUGUUUCUGCAAGAAGAAUGUUGUGGGUCGCGAGUGUAACCAGUGUAUGGAGAGUACCUAUAAUCUACAAGCCAGCAAUCCUGAAGGCUGCACUAAAUGUUUCUGUUUCGGCAAGACUUCACGCUGUGACAGUGCCUAUUUGAAGCUGUACAAUGUGAGUCUACUGAAGAAAGUAUCUCUGAAUACCGCAGUUUUCCAACCCAAAUCCAUUGAAUUCUCCAUUUGGGGUUUGGCCCAGGAAGAGUUGUUAAUAAACGAAACCAUGUUGCAGGCUGACUUUUCGUUCAGCGACAUUAAUGAUGACUCCAUAGUCUACUUUGGUGUUUUGGAUUAUUUGAUGAAUCAAAAUAGUCAUAUUUCAGCUUAUGGUGGUGAAUUGGCCUACACCUUGUUCUACACUACGGGAUUGUCGGGUAAACCUCUGUUUGCUCCUGACGUUAUCUUGUACAGCAAUGAUCAUAUAUUGGUCCAUCAAAGUUAUGAACAACCUUCCAGUAAUCAAAUGUUUAAGAAUCAUGUACAAAUGGUGGAAACCAAUUUCCUUACCCCUGAUGGCAAAACGGUAUCUAGAGCUGACUUUAUGAUGACUUUGAGAAAUCUGAAUAUGAUUUACAUUCGCGCCAAUUACUACGAACAAACUUUGAUUUCCCAAUUGUCCGAUGUUUACUUGACUUUGGCCGAUGAAGAUGAUGAUGGCAAUAUUGAUGAUUAUGAGUUCUUGCCAGUGGAAAGAUGUCAGUGUCCUCCUGGCUACUCCGGUUAUUCUUGUGAAGAUUGUGCUCCUGGUUAUUAUCGUGAUCCCAGCGGUCCUUAUGGUGGCUAUUGUAUUCCUUGCGAAUGUAAUGGUCAUGCUGAGACCUGUGACUGUGCUACCGGAAUUUGUAAGAACUGUCAACAUUCUACAACAGGUGAUCAUUGUGAUAUGUGCAUUGAGGGUUAUUAUGGAAAUGCCACCUAUGGUUCGCCUCAUGAUUGCAUGAUUUGUGCCUGUCCUUUGCCCAUACCCAGCAAUAACUUUGCUACUGGUUGUGAAAUAUCGGAUUCAGGUGAUAAGAUUCACUGCGAAUGCCGUCCCGGCUAUACCGGACCUAAGUGCGAAUACUGUUCCAACGGCUACUAUGGUAAUCCUCAAAUUCCCGGCGACUACUGUAAGCCUUGUGAAUGUUCCGGCAACAUUAACCCCGAAGAGCCUGGUUCUUGCGACACUAUUACGGGUGAAUGUUUACGUUGUUUGAAUAAUACCUCGGGAGCGGCUUGUAAUCUCUGUGCUCCUGGCUUCUAUGGUGACGCUAUUAAAUUGAAAAACUGUCAGAGCUGUGAUUGUGAAGAUUUGGGUACCAUGCAAUGCGAUCCCUUCGAGGGUAAAUGCAAUUGUUUGGAGAAUGUUAUUGGUGAACGUUGUGAUAUGUGCAAACCCGAUCAUUAUGGUUUCGAUUCUGGAUUGGGUUGUCGUGCAUGUGAUUGUGGUGCUGCUUCUAAUAGCACUCAAUGUGAUGAACACUCGGGCAAGUGCGCCUGCAAGCCAGGUGUUACCGGACGUCAAUGUGAUCGUUGUGCCACAGAUCAUUGGAAUUAUACACGAGAGGGAUGUAUACCCUGCAACUGUAAUCAGGGCUAUUCUCGCGGCUUCGGUUGCAAUCCUUAUACCGGUCAAUGUGAAUGUUUGCCGGGAGUUAUUGGUGACCGUUGUGACAACUGCCCGCAUCGUUGGGUGCUUAAGAAGGACGAAGGCUGUUUUGAGUGCGAUAACUGUCAUCAUGCCUUAUUGGAUGUUACCGACCGUAUGAGCUAUCAAAUCGAACCGGUAUUAGAAGAAUUCCAAUCUGUGGCUUUGGCCUUCUUCACCAGUCAAAAACUUAGCUACUAUGACAAGCUGGCCGAUGAAAUCGCUCCCGAAGUACAAAGUCUCGAUCCCAAGAGUGUCAAUUUGGAACCAGCUCUUUUAAUGGUCAACUCCUUGGAAUCAGAUGCUAAAGCCUAUAAUAAGCAAGUGAAUUUCACUUUGGAAAAUGCAGAAGAUAGACGUGACAUGGCCAGUAAACUUUUGCAAAAUGUCACUGGUUUAAUUGGCAAGGUGGCUUUAACUGUAAGCGAUGCCGAUGAGGCUAUAACAGCAGUUGAUGCUUUGUCACGCAAUUUGGAAACUGCAGCCAGCACCAAAAUCGAUUCUGCUCUUUCAGAAGCCCAACAUCUAUUGCAACAAAUCAACUCCACCACUAUUGAUUUGGAGCGCAAUGAAAUGGUUUUGAAAAAGGCCACCGAUUUAUUAGACGAAGUCAGUUCAGCUAUUUCACCCAUUAAAGCUCAAAAUAAAACUGUAGAUGCUUUGAAAAAUGACAUCGGAGAAUUUAGCGAUAAAUUGGAGGAUUUGUAUACCUGGAGUCUGCAGUCAUCGAACAGAUCAACCGAGGUAGAACGUUUAAAUGCUGUGAACAAAUUGACAUUUGCAAACUCUCAAUUUGAUACGGUCAGUGAUCAGCAAAAGGAAACCGAAAAGAAUAUCAUGGACGCUGCCAAUCUUCAGACAAAUGGUGCCAUUACUCUGGUGGAAAUUGAUGAUAAAAUUGUUAAUUUGGCCAAUAUUUUGAAUACCUUGAAGGGUUUGAACAAACAAAUUGAUAUUGAUCUGCCACAAAUGGAAGAUGAACAACUGGAGGCAAGUAAUUUGACCAAUCAAGCUGAAUUUAAGGCUAUCGAACUAUUGAAGAGAGCACAAGAUUUGUCGGAACAAUAUGCUGAUAUGACAGCUAGCGCUGAACCGGCAAUUAAAGCUGCCACCGCUUACAGUGGUAUAGUAGAUGCGGUGGUCUCUGCCCAACAGCUCACCAAAGAAGCGAAAUAUGCUGCUGGCAAUGCUACGGAAAAGACAGAUGGUGUAGAAUCACGUGCUGGUGUCUCCGAUAAGGAAUCUGCUGAGUUAUUGCAAAAUGCCAGAGCAUCUUUACAUAAAGUUCAAAGUGAAUUGCAACCCAGAUUAAAUAGUUCGGCUGCCAAGGUUGACGGUAUUUUCAAAUUGAACGAAAAUACCGAAAAGAGAUUGAAGGAGAUCAACAUAGCGAUGGAAGCUUUGCCGGUGGAUUCUCAACGUGACAUGUGGAAAAACUCAAAUGAAAAUGCCACAGAUGCUUUAGAUAUAAUGACUGAUGUUUUGGCCAUCUUAGAGCCUGUGUCCAAACAAACACCCAGAGAACUGGAAAAGGCACGCAACAUCUCCAAGGACAUUGAUAGCACCACUAAAGAUAUUGCUCACGUACAAAAUCAUUUGGAUAGUGUGGACGAAUCAUUACCAGCUUUGCUAGAAGCUGCUGAUGAUAUUGAACAACAACAGAUAAAAGUGGAUGAAAUGGCACAAAAUUUGGGUGAUGAAAUUGAAAGUCUUAAGAGACAAAUCGAGACGGCUCGCCAAAUAGCUAAUGACAUUAAGGUGGGCGUUAAGUUUUCGGACAGCACCAUUUUGGAAUUGAAAACACCCGAAACCUUGCCUUUAUUAGCUACCAAAACCAAGGUAUCCACCUACUUCAAAACAAAGGACCCUAAUGGCUUCUUGCUGUUCUUGGGUAAUGACAACAAACCCGCCUCCUCAGCGCCCACAGCCAACAAGAAUAACGAUUUCAUGGCUUUGGAAAUUGUCAAUGGUUAUCCCAUACUUACCUUGGAUUUGGGCAAUGGACCCGAGCGCAUUACUAGUGAAAAAUAUGUAGCCGAUGAUGACUGGUAUCAGGCUAUAGUAGAUCGUACAGGUUCAAAUGUUAAAUUGAUUAUACGUCAGGAAUUGGAAAAUAAGACCGUGGUGGACCAUAUUAAGGAAGAGGCCUUAGUGGGUGCCAAUAAUGUGUUCAAUGUGGAUCGUAAUAGUCGCUUAUUUGUGGGUGGUUAUCCACCACCAGCUGAUUUUACACCACCCGAAGACAUACACUCCAGUUCGUUUACAGGUGAUAUAGAAGAUUUGAAAAUUGGCGAUGAACCUGUCGGUUUGUGGAAUUUCGUAUAUGGCGAAGAAAACCAUUUGGCUGCAUAUCCACGCACUAAAUUGGUUACCGAAGAUACACCACCGACUGGCUAUCGCUUCAAUGGCAAUGGCUUCGUUGCCCUCAAGGCUUCACCCUACAACUUCAAGCAGAGAUCAAGUAUACAAUUCAGCUUUAAGGCGGCCAAGGACUCCAAGGAUGGUUUGAUGUUCUUCUAUGGACGCAACAAUCAAUUCAUGUCUGUGGAAAUGGUCGAUGGUGCUAUAUUCUUCCGUUACAAAUUGGGUGAUCACAUUGUUUCGACCGGCAGUCAAGAUCAGUACAAUGACAACAACUGGCAUCGUGUCUUGGCCGAGAGAGAUGGUCGCCGUGGCUUGCUUAAGGUCGAUGAUGUCAUAAUCUUCCAAGAAGAGGCACCUCCUCAUGUGGAUGAUACCAUGCCAGCCCUUAAACGUAUGUUCUUUGGCGGUUAUCCCAACAAACGUAACAAUUCACUUAUUGUGGAAGACAACUUUGAUGGCUGCAUCGAUGAUGUGUCCAUAUCAGGCAACAAAGUGGAUUUGGGUCAGCAUGUCAAUGCUGUGGGUGUUAAACCCGGCUGCCCUAAGAAAUUCUCUACUGUCUUGGCCUAUCCCCACAAUGAACAUGGUUAUUUGAGAACCGCCAACAUUAGUUCAGACAAUAACUUGAAUAUCAAUCUGAAAUUCAAGACCAGGCAAAAGGAUGGUGUUUUGUUCUAUGGAGCCAACUAUGAUCAAAGCUCUAAUAUUGGUCUGACCUUGGAAGAUGGUUAUUUGGUAUUGAAUAGCAUGAAUAGUAGAUUGGUGUCCGAUAUGCGUAAAUUAAAUGACGGAGAAGAACAUGUGGUCACCGUGUUACAUGAUCAUAAUCAAUUAAGAUUAUCCAUCGAUGAUGUUGAAGAUAAAAGAUCUCUUACUCCACCUGCUCCCCUGAUUAUUACUGCUGGUGACGUGUUCUUUGGUGGACUGCCAGAAGGUUACACCACACCUCGUAAUGCUCUAUCCAAUUCGGCCUACUUUAUUGGCUGCAUUAGUGAUGUGACUGUUAAUGGUGAGAUCAUAAACUUUGCCGAUAGUAUUGAAAAGAAGAAUGGCAAUAUCAACAACUGUCCUAGUGAUAUCUUGGCUUACGAUACCACCUUGGUGCCCAUACAUUAUGCCGGCGGAGAAACUGAAUUUGUGCCUCCACCACCAGCUCCAAGACCAGCAACUACUACCUCAUCCACCUCAACCACUACAACUACCACGACUACUACCACAACAACUACCACCACAACUACAACUACACCCAAACCUUUCAAAGAACCAGAACACAAAUGGGAUGUAAUCGAUGAAUCUGAAAACGCCAUAGACGAUGUCCAUGGCGAAAUUAUAACCACUAAACCAGAAUUGUUUACCACCAAACCCGAAAUAAUGACUCGCAAACCCGUCAUCAUUCAUGAACUACACAAACCUGAAGAUCCACGUUGUAAACUGCCCACAAAUCCCAACUAUGAUGUCGAUUUCACCGAAGCCGGCUAUCGUUUCUUCUCGAUGCGCGAACAGCGUUUGGAAAUCCCUUCACUGCCUCAUGCUAAAAUACGCAAACAUUACGAUUUAAGCCUCAGCUUCCGUACAGAGUAUCCAUCUGGUCUGCUCUUCUAUGCAGCCGACAAACAUCAUACCGACUUUGUGGCCGUAUAUCUAAGCGAUGGACGCCUCUUCCACAAGGUGCGUUUGGGUGGUCAAGUUAUUUCGGUGAACAGCUCGAGUGAAAUGAAUGACGGCAAUUGGCAUAACAUACAAUUCAUAAGGACCCAACGCAAAGUCAGCUUGUUGAUUAACCAAACGCAACAGGAGUCUUCCUAUGACUUUGAAGAACGCAAUACCCAUUUGAUAAAUAUUGACUUCCCUCUGUAUGUGGGUGGCAUACCCAAACACAUCGAAGAGAUGGUACGUUCUAAUGUCGAUCUGGGAGAGGAUGCUCCUUACUACAACGGCUGUCUAAGAGAGUUUAAGGUUAAUGGUCAGACCCAAGAGCCAGAACUGCAACCUUUCUUGGUGGUACCUUGUUCGGAUCAAAUCGAACACGGUCUUUUCUUCAACAAACCCACUGGCUUUGUAAAACUUUUCGAGCGCUUCAGUGUGGGUACCGAUUUCAGUUUGAACUUUGACUUCAGACCCCGUGAACCAGAUGGUCUCUUGUUCUCGGUGCAUGGCAAGAGUUCGUAUUUGAUUUUGGAAUUGGUUGACAAUCAAUUGUGGUUCACCGUCAAGUCGGAUGCCAAGAAUAUUGUCACCACCAAUUACAGUCUGCCCGAUGAAGGCAGUUUCUGCGAUGGCAAGUGGCGUAAUGUUCAAGCUGUCAAAUCUAAGUUUGUCAUAACCAUUUCGGUAGACUGGAUUUCAGCUAAACCAGGUGUAGGCCAGGAAGGUUCUACAGUUACCAAAACCAAUCGUCCUCUAUUCAUGGGAGGUCAUCAAGCCUUCAAUAAGGCUCCUGGCUUGAAGACACGCAAAACAUUCAAGGGCUGCAUACGCAAUGUCCAGGUGAAUAAGAAGACUGUACGUGUAACACCAAAUCUUAUUAAUGGUGAGAUAUGGCAAGGUGUCUGUCCUUUGAAUUAAUUUCAACACAUAACGAAUAAAAACGAACAAAUUAGAACAAACAAAAAAUAAAAUGGAAACGACUUUGGCUUUAUCCUGAAGGCUUAACGAAUUUAGUUAACUGUGCUGAUUUUUGACGAACGAGUAGAGUUUACAAAUGGCAAUUUGGAAAUUCUCCAUUUUAUUUCACUAGAAAGGCAGAUUUAUCUUUUUGUAAAUUGUUUAUCAUCUUAGAGAUUUAACGAUUUUAAUGCUGCCAUUCUUAGAUUUUAUGAUUUUCUUUGAAUUCUUUCUUAUUUUAAGUUUAUUUUCUUUGUAAAAAUGUCAGUUCAUUAGAGUUUGGAGAAGAGGAAUUUCUUUGUUUUCUUUAAACUUUAUUGUGUUGCCAUUUAUAUACAUAAAUAUAACAUUUAUAACCUAUCAACAAUGUAUUUCUUUUUUAAAUAUUCUUCAAAUAUGUGCCAAAAUAAAUAAAUAUUAUAAUUUCUUUAAUUUCCUUAUUUGCAAUAAAUAUAUAAAAAAUA